AUGCUUCACAAGAUCCCUCCGCUCGUCGCACCACUCUACUUCCCCACACAGACUACGGUUCCAUCACUCUACUCACCAGCAUUCUGGGGGGGUCUCCAAAUCCUCCCUCGCGACAGCGACGAACACGACUGGCGCUACAUCAAGCCGGUACCCGGCUGUCUAAUCGUAAACUUGGGCGACGCAAUGGUCGAAUGGACGGGCGGAGUCUUACACUCGAAUCUUCAUCGCGUAACGUAUGCACCUGGCGCACAAGCAGAAUGUACAAGACAUAGUAUAGCGUAUUUAAUUAGACCCGAACGUGAUGUAUCGAUGAAGAGAAUUGUGGGCGGAAGAAUUCCUGAGGUAGGGCAUGAUGAAGAGGAAUUGGAUAUUACGGCUAUGGAGUGGGAAAUGAAAAAGACAAUGGCGUUAAAGGCUGGGGCUGAUAUUGCUAAGACUCGGGGCGGAAGGCCUAUGAAACCUUUGUCUGUGUAA